CGACGGGCAGAGUAUAUAUCUGCCCUCAUCGACCUGUUCCAUCAACACUUUUUCUUGUCCUCCUCAUCCCAAGCCAGCAAACAGCCUACGGUGUCUCUCGCUCAGUCGCUCUCUAAUAUUCCAACUUAGUCAUUCCUUGAUAUCUCUGAGCUCUUCAGCCUCCAACACCUACUCAACAACGCCCUCUUCACCCACAACACAACCAUCAUCAUGCGUUUCACCAACUUCGCUGUCGCUGCCCUCUCCUUGGGCUCUGCCGUCGCCGUGCCGACUGCCAGCCAACCCCACGCUCGCCAGCUUCAACUCCUCGGCACCGUCAGCGCCACCGUCGGUACCGUCAAGAACACGGUCGAUGGUGAACUGGCCCUCAUCGCCGACCUGCUGGUGGAUGUCCGCGCCAACGUCACCUUGGUUCCCCAGCUUGAGCAGGCUCUCCUGACCAUCGCUGGCGACCUCACCGGCAUCGUCGGCGCCGUCCUCCCGCUCGUCACCGAGGGCGUCCCGAACCUGGUUGAGGAGGAACUCAAGAGUAUUCCCGAGGUGCUGAGGGGUGUUCUGGCCAUCGCCAACGGUAUCGAGUCCACGGCGCAGCAGAUCGUGAACAGCGUGGGUCGUGAUGUCCUCCAGGCCGUCAAGCCCGAGCUCCAGCUCGUCCUCGCUACCAUCGAGCCCAUCGCCAAGCCGAUCGUCACUUUCGCCCUAGGCGCCGUUGGCACCACCGUCGGCCCCGUCGCUCAGGAGGUCACUGGCUUGGUUGGUGACGUCCAGAAGAUUGUCGGCGGCAUCCUCGCACCCGUCGGUGGCAUCCUCCGCGCUAUCCUAUAAGUGUACCGACUGUGAAGCUUCUGGCCGCGCGCAGGUGUGUUGGUGAUUUGCGAUGUUUGAAAGGAGUGCUUGGAUAGGGAACAGUACAUGCUCAUGACUGGAUGCUUGGAUACCUCAUAGCAUUUGUAUUUACCGCGCGGAGGCCUAAUCUUGCAAUUUAACGACGGUUUUUCGUGCAGCUUCAUGUGGCUAGACAUCUUUUUCGUGUGAGCUAGUUGAUCGUGUAAGUAUCGGGUCCGUAUUCCCUCAUA